CUCACCUAAGGAAUCUAUCACCCUUGAAACCUUCUAUAAAAGCACAAUCAUUCAUUUCACUCCUCACCCAUCAAACCUUAAACAUUUUUUUUUCAAACAAAGAGAGAGUUCUCUUUCUGGUCUUUGUUUGAAAAACCCUAGUAAUGGUGAAAAUGGAUGGGAAUAACUUCAUCUUCUUCCUCACUAUAUGUGUAUUGAGUUGGAGAAUGGAGUUAUUGAAAGCUCAAAUGGUGCCGGCGGUGUAUGUGUUCGGAGAUUCGUUGGUUGAUGUCGGGAACAACAAUUUUUUACCUGUUUCAUUCGCUAAGGCAAAUUUUCCACACAACGGUGUCGAUUUUCCGACCCGAAAACCGACCGGAAGGUUUUGUAAUGGCAAAAAUGCUGCUGAUUUGCUUGCUGAAAAAUUAGGGUUACCAAGUUCACCACCCUAUCUUUCUUUGUCAGUCAACAAUAUUACUUCCCACUUAACCGGUGCUAGCUUCGCCUCGGGCGGUGCCGGAAUCUUCAACAGCACCGAUCAUGUCUUUGGUCAGGCAAUACCACUGUCAAACCAAGUGGACGAUUUCAUGUCGCUGAAUAAAAUCCUGAUGAAGCAGGGAAGUUCUGCAGCACAAAAUCACACGUCAAAAUCUCUCUUCGCUUUUGUUAUUGGGAGUAACGAUCUCUUCGAUUACUUUGGAUCUCCAAAUCUUAGAAAGCAGAACACCCCACAGCAAUAUGUAGAUUUGAUGGUUACCACUCUCAAACAACAACUCAUGAGACUCUACGCAGUGGGUGCACGGAGAUUCUUUUUGGGUGGUGUAGGAGCCAUAGGAUGCAUCCCGGUAGAAAGAGUUAAAAACAAAAGCCAUGGAUGCAAUGCAGAACAUAAUUUUUGGGCUGUCAAGUACAAUGAUGGGCUAAAGGCAAUGUUGAAUGAAUUAAAAUCCAAGCUUCGAGGCUUCAACUACUCGUUCUUUGAUACUUAUGGUAUCAUGCAAACCAUCACCCAAAACGCAUCUACUUACGGGUUCAAUGAGACAGAAGCUGCUUGCUGUGGACUUGGUGAAUUGAGAGCUAUAGUUCCUUGUUUACCGUUUGUAACACAAUGCUCCAAUAGGACAGACCAUAUGUUUUGGGAUUUGUAUCAUCCAACCGAGGCAACCACUGGCAUUGUUGUGGAUACUCUUUUUGAUGGUCCCUCUCAAUAUUGUGUCCCAAUCAAUGUUCGGCAGCUAGUUUCGGGUUAACUCUGCUUGUUAUAAAAAUAAUAUAAUAUGAGUAAGUGUUAAAUAA